GGGCGCCCCGCGCUCCGUUGGCCGCACCGCGAAGGACCGUGGGCCGGCCGGCCGGCCGACCGCGGGGCCGCCCUCGCGCCGCCCCGCCCCGCCCCGCCUCCUGGGGGCGCUGCCGGGGGGCGCCCGCCGCUCAUGCCGCCCCGGCGCCCUGCCGCGCCCGGCGCCGGCCGCUGAAGCCCGGGACGCGCCGCCCGCCGCGCGGAGCCGGCCGCCCGCCCCUCGCCCCUCAAGAUGUGGCACAGCGUCGGGCUGACCCUGCUGGUGUUCGUGGCCACGCUGCUGAUCGUGCUGCUGCUGAUGGUGUGCGGUUGGUAUUUUGUUUGGCAUCUUUUUUUGUCAAAAUUCAAGUUCCUUCGGGAACUGGUGGGAGACACAGGAUCCCAGGAGGGAGAUCAUGAACCCUCAGGGUCUGAAACAGAAGAAGACGCGUCAGCAUCCCCACACAGGAUCAGAGCUGCUCGCCAGAGGAGGGCAGCUGCUGAUGAAGGCCACUGACCGCGGCCGUGCUCCUGUGCGAGCGAGUGACGGAGGGCACUGGGAGCCUCUCUCUGUAAUGACUUGGCUUUGCAGUUUGCUAAGAGAUCGAAGAACCCUCAUUCCUGGAUCUUAAGUCCAAUUCAAAAAAAGAUUUACACGUAAGCCAUAUGAAAAUUACAACCAAAUCGGACCAUUGCAGAUUUCAUCGUAAAGAUAAUUUCUGUUUAUACGUAUAUACUUACUCUUUGACUCUUGGGCUUAUUUUCUUGCACUGGUAUUAAUCUAGUAAAUAUUACAGGCUUGAAAAUCAUAUUUUAUUAAUAUUAGUUCUAUGCUGUACUUUUUUUUUUUCACAUUAUACCCUGUGUGAAAUUGGGAUGCACCUCACGAUCACUGUCGACCAGGCAAUAGGCAUGGUGUAACCUCGCCCGUGCGUGUGUGGACUUGCGGCUCGUCACAGCAUCAUUACGUAUUGUUGGUAUCAAAUGUGUCAGGUUUAAUUGGCUUUUAAAAAUGUCUUCAAAAAGAUUACACUAUGAUUCAGCAUUAAAACGAGAAGUGAUCGUGUAUGCAGAAAAGCAUGGAAACAGAGCAGCAGAGCGUACGUUCGAUAUUAGUGAAGCAAAGAUCCCGUUGCUGGAGGAAUGACUGAAAUUCCAUAUUUUCUUGUAAAGCAACAACAAAAUGCUUUACGGGCCCUAAGAAAGGAAGAUACCCACAAGUAGACGAAGCUGUACUGCAUUUUGUCGGUGAGACACAUGCAAAAGGGCUGCCUCUCACACGCCAAGCAAUGCAGUUGAAGGCAGGAGAAAUUGCCAAAACCCUCGGAAUAGAUGAAACAGAAUUCAGAGCAACAAGAGGCAGGUGCGAUCGAUUCACGCGUCGAGCAGGACUGGCGUUAAGGCGUCAAACAUCGUGUUGUCCAAAGCUUCCUGCUGCCAGAAAACAGCAGGCCGUGCUGGAGCGCUGUUUUAAGAGAUGCUGUAUCGCCGGCGCUCUUGUUGAUGCCAAGGGUGCUGAGGUCUGGAAGAGCGCAGACACCAAUGGCUGUGAUCUGAGUGAUUCAGAAGAGUUAGGCUAUGAAGUCAUAGUUAUAACUUAACCAACUUAUUUCAUCAUACACUUUCUUUACGUAUGCACAGGAUUGAUGCAGUGAAUAUCUGUUUAACUCUAAAAGCUCUGAGUAAAUUAAAAAAGUAGACAUUCUACAGGAUACAAAAGCAUUGUGUCAUAGUUUAAUUGCCUAUAUUUUUUCUUAGUGAUACAUACGGUGCAUCUUACAAUUGAUGGUGUCUUAGGUUAGGAAAAAAAUAGUCUGUAAAUUUAUUUUUCUUUCUGGGAUAGCAGUUAUUUAUUGGGGAACUUAAUUCUGACUCUUAUUAUGUUGUUAAAAUAGUUAUCCUCUAUGAGAUGCAUUUGGGGUACCCUAUUCAAGAGUUUAGAGUAGUAAUUUGGGAAUCCAGGCCCGAUCCUCUAGCUUAGGAAGUGUAGGAUUAGUUACUCCUUUUGUGUGUGGGGACUUCAUAUUCAAGGCAUGUGUUGUGGAGAACGUACUUCUUCACAAACAGCAAUUCAGUGACGAGACCUCAGAGCAACUGGGUAUUGAGGAAAAAUAGAGUGGAUGAAAAUGCCUGCUUUACUGUAAAAUGAUUCCUGCCAGGUUUGCAUGUUUGUCUUCACUGAACUUUGGACUCCGUGUUUCCUGGGGAAGAGAGGUAUGACUUAAAGACCCUUCCCGUUGAGUGUUGCCUGCUUUAUACAAGAAUGAACUGCAAAGCCAACUUAUUUCAUUAAUCCAAGGUCUUUUUACGUUUUAAACCUUUGUUUCUCAAGAACUAGUUAUUGCAGAGUAUGUCACCUCUAUUUUACGAUGGUGUGUAAUUUUGUUUGAUACCUCACACUCCACGCUGAUGGGUUUGCUUAUUAACAGUUCAUCUGCUCUGCCCCAGGUUGGUUGAUGCACACCUCUGCGGUCGUCGUAGCCUUUUGGAUGUCCUGAAAGGGCACUUACAGAGUAUAACUUCACUUUUCAGUGUCUGCUAAGGGGAGGUCCCCAGCAGCUGAGCGUGGGGCACAGUCUUUGUCUUUAUUUCCUUAUUGGAUGCAAUUAGAGUUCUGUUUUUAUGUGACUAUAUUGAUGAACAAAACAGUGAUACAGGUUUCAGGCAUUAAUGUUAAUGCUUCAUGCUAGCUAAAUAUCACAUGAAAAUGCUCAUCAGUUAGAAAAAAAUUUCAUGCUUCUUGGUGCUGGGAGGGUAUUUGAAUUAGAUCUUCUGUAUUUGGAGCUGUGGAUUCCACUUCGUAGUGGAUAUCUUAGGUUUAGUUAACAGCUGCUGGCAAACUUUAAGUAGCUAGUAAGCUUUCUAUUGUGUCAGUAUUAAGAAUGAUGGCCGACAUAACCCCUAAAAUCUGCAGGGUCAUCCACAAAUUAAUCCAUGAAAGUUGUACAUGUUGGUAUUAUUUAUUAAUAUUUAUGCUAUUAUGGAUGUCUUUUUUUUUUUUUUUAAAUAGAAUUGUAAGAAAUGUUCUGCUUAACUUGCUUGGGAAAUAUACCCAAAGCGUAUUAAUAGCUCACACUCUACCAUGUUUUAACUUUUAAGAAAGUAAAAAGAAAUCACUGCUGCCAGUAUGAAAAUUCUACAAGCUAAUUCCUGUAUUUAAAACGUUUUUCUCCCUGCACCCCUCUUCCCCAGUACACUCACCAUAGUACAUCUUUCUAAGGCCACUAAGAGAGGCAAGGGAAAUAGUGGUUAACAGAAUUAUUUGUGUGAUAGAGUGAUUUUGUUCUUUUUCCUGUUUUAGAGCUUUUGUAGCUGAACUUAACUCAUAAGUGCAUUUUCCGUUUCUUAGUAGGAGAUGGAGUAGCGUGUGGUAAACUUUAAAAUUUAGAGGGUCCUGAGCGUUAAAAAUACAAAUAUUAGUCUUGUUUGGAUCCUCGCAAACAGUGAUGGUGAACAAGGAUGCCAUCAUUCCAGGAUUGAUUCUAAGACGAGGACUCUGGUGGGUGCAUUUCCUUCCCAACCAACCGUUUCCAAAUUUUUUUCUUCUUUUGCUUCUGAUACUUCUGUGAACAUUGCCUGUAAUCAAAUUUAUUGGUAGCAUUGCUUUGAUUUCAAGGCCAAAAAACGCUAAGUAUUUGUGUGACAUUGUUAAAUAAGGUUUUUAAUAUUUACAUAAAGCUAAAAAUGGAAUUCAUCCAUUGGAUUUUUGUAGUGAUGUUUUCAUGGUGGAAACAUAAACAUGUCAUUUUGUGGUAGAUAGCCAAUUUACAGACAUGCAGACCCAUUUCUUUAGAUGUUAUCAGAUUUAAAAACAACUUCAAACUGUUAUUUUGCUGAAAGUUGGGAAUAUAUUAAGUAAGUUUCACAAAAUAGGGCAUUUUAAACCAAAUUCUGUUGAAAGAUUUGAAAGUUGUGCUUUUUUAUGCUUGAGCAACAUUUUUUGAAAUUAUUUUAAGUCAACAAUGCAGUAUUUUUUAAAGUUUUUCUUAAAAGGUAUGUUUUAAUGUAACAUGUAACCAAUGUAACUUCAGCUUUUGACUGGUAAACUUCAAGUGCUUUUAUAUUUCAGGUUGACUUUAAAAAGCCAAUGAGCAGUACUCAAAGGUUAUGGAUUCUUAAGCAAUUAAUGGAAUAGUAUUUUGUUAUGGAGUCUAGAAUUAAAGCACCUUGUAUUGUCUGCUUUUAAAAUAUUCUAUAGUUUUUAACUUAAAGCAUAAAGAGUAACAUUUUAUCUUAUAUUAAUUAAAAAGUUACAUUUUCCAUUUGUUAAUACAGAUGCGUUGCCUGUUUUAUGACCAGUGUUUACCCUCUAAGUCAGUUCUAUGCAGAACCGUUCACCAAAUGCUGCUGCUCCGGUUUCUUAAAGGAAACAUUCUGUGCUAUGCUGUGGUGUAUUGUCACCUUGCUGCUUGACAGAUAGGCUUAUAAGGAAUUAGAACUGUGUGUGUUAAUAGUACCUUUGUAUAACGAGAUGUAAAAUUAGAGAUGAGGAGUCUGUAAAUGAUUAUUCACUGUUUUAAAACUGGUCAACACUAUAUCUAAAGCUUCUGUGGUUUGUCUGUAUGAUGUUUCACUUUAAAUGGCACAGAAUAAAUUAAA